CAGUACUUUUGGUUCAGUGUCGCUAAUUUUACGGUUACUGAUAAAAAUGUUUCUGUACGCUUGUUUAGUGUGGAAAAUUUUCAUUUUAGGCUCGGAUUUAUAACUAGAGGUCCCACGGGAAUUUUUUCAUGACUGCCAGCUCCCAAUAGGACAUCGACACAAGCAACCCAACUUAAUUUUUUUUUAAACUCAACAAAUCUCAUCCAAGCCAGUAUUUUAUGUUGGACAAGUCUGACGUCAUUUUGUUUUUUAAACUUUAUUCAUCCCGGAGCGAUGAAUGAACGGCCAGUAACCACGAGCAGCUGAUGACGUAGUUGUAAGGAUUCGAGUGCUGUCGUGUUGUAUUUAUUUUUAAAGCAUGGAUCUACAAGACAAUGGGGGAUCGGAUGAUGCACGUGACGACCGUAAUGUGGGCACAAACGAUAGUCUGCUGGCGCCUGCAGUUGCUGAUAGCUGUGCAGUCACCGUUCUACCACAAGACGACGAAAUCAGCUACAAGUUCGGAUCCAGGGACCGAACCCACCAAGGAGUACGGCGGUACCAGCAAGGCCUGAAGAACCUCGUCCCAGUCCGCUGCAUGAAAACGCCAGAGAACACCCUGCCCCUGGAGACCAACGGCUUCAUCAACUACAUCACCUUCGGCUGGCUCACCCCCUACAUGUGGCAGGUGUUUCGACACGGCGCCGCCUCUGUCAGGGCGCUGCGCAUAACGAAGGAGGAGAGCGCCCAAGUCAGUGCGGAAAGGAUGGAAAGGUUUUGGGAGGAAGAACUCGGUACCAAGGGAGCAGCAGCGGCAUCGUUUGGCAGCGCAAUCUUCCGCUCCUUCAAGACAAGAAUCAUCAUUGGAGCUUUUGCCAGUCUGGUCUACGCUUUUCUCAGUUUGGCUAACCCAAUCCUGGUCAUUAGAUAUUUCUUGACCUACCUGUCCGAGGAGACAGUGACCAUCAGGUCAGGGAUCGUGUACGCUGCUUGUCUAGGUCUGAUCCUGCUACUCAGAGGCCUGACCGGUGCAUUCUUCUGGAUGGUCAACUAUGAAGCAGCUGCUCGUAUCAAGUAUGGGUCUCUAGCUCUGCUCUACAAGAAGAUUUUACACCUUAAGACACUCAAGGACAAGACAGUUGGAGAUAUGGUGAACCUUAUCAGCAAUGAUGGACAACGCAUCUGGGACGGCAUCAUCAUGGGUCCAUUCCUCAUUGGUGCUCCAAUGAUUGUGGUCAUCAGCUGUGUCUACAGCGUUGUCUUCUUAGGCCCAUGGGCAUUAAUCAGCUUCAUCAUCAUCCUUGGCUUCUAUCCCUUUGCUAUGUCAUUUGCAAAGUUAUCACAAAAUUACAGAGAAAACAGUAUUAAAAUUACAGAUCAACGGGUUGGGCUAAUGAACGAGCUUCUUACAUCCAUUAAGUUAAUUAAAAUGUAUGCUUGGGAAUCUUCAUUUGCUAAUAAGAUUUCAGAUAUCAGAUCAGAUGAGAAAUCCAUCCUAGAGAAAAGUGUGUUUGUACAGAGUGUCAGCAUGGGAUCCUCCAUGCUUGUCCCCAUCUUUGCCAGCUGCCUCAUGUUCAUUGCCUACGUCGCCACUGGACAUAAUUUAACGGCCAUGGAGGCCUUCACAUUUGUAUCCCUGCUCAACACCAUGCAGUCCUCCAUGGCCACCAUACCAUUUGCAUUGAAAGCUCUCUCAGAAAUGGUGGUCACAACUAGAAGAUUUCAGGAAAUACUUCUGAUGGAUGAGAUAAAUUCUCUCCCUCUUCCAACAUCAAGCAAUAUUGCUGUUGAGAUGAACAGUGCGUCAUUGACUUGGACUCAAGCUCAUUCAAAGAAAGAUAUGUGCAAUGGAUCAGUAGCAAAAUCAAAGAAAAAGAAGAAGAAGAAAGAGAAAAAAGACGAGGAAGAUGAAAGCCUGAAUGACAACGUGGAGACAGAGGGAGUGAACAAAAUCUUCACCGGCCCCACUCUCCAAGACAUCACAUUCUCGUUGAAAAAGGGUCAGAUACUAGGUGUGUGUGGCAACAUAGGAAGUGGGAAAAGUUCUCUCUUAAGCGCCAUGUUGGGAAGGAUGGAUGUGGCGUCUGGGUCAGUGGCUGUGGCAGGGGGUGUGGCAUAUGUCCCACAGCAGGCAUGGGUCACCAAUGACACUGUCAAGGACAACAUCAUUUUUGGGCAUGAGUUUGAUGCAGCAAGAUACAAGCAAGUGAUUAAUGCCUGUGGUCUGACUGAUGACUUCCAGUGCCUACCUCAUGGUGAUGUCACUGAGGUGGGUGAGAGGGGAGCUAACCUAAGUGGGGGUCAGAAACAAAGAAUAUCCCUGGCCAGAGCUGCCUACAGCAAAUGUGACCUAGUUCUACUGGACGACCCACUUUCCGCUGUUGAUGUGCAUAUAGGUCAACAUAUAUUCCAGCACUGCAUUAUGGGACUGCUCAAAGGUCGGACGGUCGUCUUUGUGACACAUCAUUUAGAGUAUUUGAAGUACUGUGAUGAAAUUCUUGUGAUGAGAGAUGGGGCUGUUGUGGAGAAAGGAACACAUGACUUUAUUUUAUCCAAUGGGAAGGAAUAUGCAAAUUUGUUGAGUUUGUAUAAGGUCAACCAUGAGGAACCUGGUGAUAGAAAAACUGAGAGGAAAAAAUUACGAAAUGGGGACACGGUAAAAACUCCAGAUGUUAUACCUGAUGACAACAGCAAUAGUUUGGGCCAUGGGGACCAUGAUGAUAGGACCAAAAGCAACCACACAGACACAGGACUUAAUGGGGUCAUCAAAGGUGCUGAGAAACUGAUCAAGGAGGAGGAGAUGGACAGCGGAUCCCUCAAGUUUUAUGUGGUUCACGAGUAUAUCAAAUCUCUGGGAGGAUAUGUGGCUUUGUUUUUUAUAUUCAUCUGCUUCUGUCUGCCGGUAGCUGGUGUGACCACAGCCAGUUGGUAUCUGUCCUAUUGGUUGGAGCAAGGGAAUGGGAAUUCCAGUGCCCUGGUUGGCCCAGACAACCAGACAGUGCUGGAGACAAGAGUCAUUGACAACCCCAACCUCAACAACUACCUCCUGGUUUAUGCUGGGUUCAUCCCCCUGCUCAUCCUGGUCACACUGCUCCGGUCAUUCUGCAUCAUGAAGGCCUCUCUAAGAGCCUCCAGUAACUUACAUGAUCGAGGUUUUGUCCACAUUAUAAGAUGCUCGAUGUCAUUUUUUGAGACAACGCCCAUUGGCAGAAUUAUCAACAGGUUUUCAGCAGAUCUUGAUGAAAUGGAUGUUCGUCUACCAAUGAACGUGGAGAUAUUUUUAACCAAUGUACUUCAAGUUCUGGCAGCCAUUGCUAUGAUUGGCUACGUGUCGCCAUGGUUCCUUCUUGCAGUUGUGCCACUGGGCAUGCUGUUCUUUCUGUUGAUGAUCAUAUUCCAUGUGUGCGUGUGUGAGCUCAAGUGCCUGGACAAUGUGACACGGUCACCUGUCAUAAGUCACAUGACCGCAUCCAUCCAAGGGUUGGCUUGUAUCCACGCCUAUCACAAGUCUCAACAGUUCAUGCAGAAACACUUUGAACUGCUCAACACCAACAGUGUGGCCGUCUUCUUGUUCCACUCGUCCAACCGCUGGCUGGCGCUCCGCUUGGAUCUGGUCUGCUCAGGAGUUGCCUUCCUUACUGGGUUACUGGUCCUGGCCACCUAUGAUUACCUCAACCCAGCGCUCGCUGGCCUGGCGCUGUCGUUUGCUUUACAGUUGUCUGGGCUGUUCCAGUUUACUGCUAGACUGGCUGUUGAAACAGAAGCAAGAUUUACUGCAGUACAGAGGGUCCUGGAAUACUGCAAUGUGGAGGAACCUGACCCCUGCAAGCCAGUGGUCAGUGGUCAAGUCCCCCCAGACUGGCCCAAGUCUGCUGACCUACAGUUUAACAAUGUCAAACUCAGGUACAGGGAAGGAGCACCUCUGGCAUUAAAAGGUGUCACUUUCAGAGCUGAGCCUCAUCAGAAGAUAGGGAUUGUGGGCAGAACAGGGGCAGGCAAAUCUUCUUUAACAGUGGCGUUGUUUCGCUUGGUGGAACUGGAGUCUGGUCAAAUAUUUAUUGAUGGUGUUGAUUUAUCUAAACUUCCUGUGGAGGAUCUAAGGUCAAGGCUGUCUAUAAUUCCACAAGACCCAGUCUUGUUUGCUGGAACAAUCAGGUAUAACCUUGACCCAUUUGAUAAGUACACAGAUGCCCAGAUCUGGCAGGCUUUAGAUAAAUGUCACAUCUCUAGCAUGGUCAAGUCAUUGGAUGGUCAGCUGGACACCAAUAUAGUAGAGAAUGGGGACAACUUCUCUGUGGGGGAGAAACAACUUCUGUGUAUGGCCAGAGCUUUACUUAGGAACAGCAAGGUACUGAUAUUAGACGAAGCCACGGCGGCCAUUGACACAGAAACUGAUGCACUGAUACAGAGCACCUUGCACGAUGCAUUCAGCCAGUGCACCAUGCUCAUCAUAGCCCACAGGCUCAACACUGUCCGGUCGUGUGAUAAGAUUUUAGUUCUAGAUGAAGGAACGAUGAAAGAGUUUGACACACCAGCCAGCCUACUCAACUCUGAUUCAAAGUUUAAAGAGAUGUGGGAAGCAACGCUAGACUCCUGAUGUUUCUCUCACAAACCUGGCCUGGAAGAGAAAUCCCUGUGUAAUAGAGGAGAAUCUGACAAUAAUUAGGUCACUGCCUCUGUAGGUCAGAAGAUGCAAGUAGGAUCAAGUCAAACCAUUACAGGGGAACGUGUUGGGAAUUAUCUAAAUCCACAGUGUGUUAAUCUUUACUUGUUGGAUUAAUGGACCCUGCAUCAGCUGGUCUUUGACACGCUUCAGUGAAUCACUUCAGGAAAUGAAGAGAUGCAAGUCUAGGAUCCCUGACGGGUUGAAACCAUUGGAUGACCCCUGAUAUGGGUGUAUUAAAAGACCCAGGGCUCCUAUAUGACUACUAUACUAUAAUGCCAGCAUUAUUUUUGUUUGUAAACCUCGGAGGCCCUUGCUGUGGCCAAUGACGUGUAGCUCAUUAUGCAACGUGUUGUGUUUGGUGUUGUGUUUUCUCAGCUCUCAGCCAAUCAAUAAUUAAUUCGUUUAAUAAGAUUGACCUGGAUAAUUACAAUCAGUUCAUUCAAUCAGUUUAUCUAGGCUAAUUAUCAUUUGUUCUUUCAGAGAAAUCGAUGUAAUUCAACAUAAUUUGUUCAUUCUACAAAAUGGACUUGGGAAUAUGAAAUUUGUUCAUUCAGAAAAAUUGUCAUGGAAUCUUGUAAUUUUUUCAUUUAGCAAGUUCGAUGUGGCGUAGCUUGUUCAUUCAGUCAAAUAGACUAGGAUUUUUGUAACAUGUCACCAAAUCUUCACAUGGCUAGCUGUGAUCAGUUAAAAUGUGAUCCUGUGAAUCACAGUUUUUUUGUUACCUCCAAAUUAAUAGAUGCAAGUCAGAAAAUUUAAAUAUUUGUUCACAAUUCUGGAAUGGAUUUUCUAGUUCGUCAUUCAAAUCAAAUGCAAGAGUUGCAUUCAGCAUAUUUUGUGUACAUUAUUGGUUCUGUGAUCUAACUUCAUUGCAUUUUUUAAUGUAUUUGUUUCAUUUUGACUGUUGAUGUGUUUAUUUUCAACCAAAACUGAUCACCAAAUAAGUGAAGUGUGAACAGGUGUCAUACUUACCUCCUUGUAGAUGCUACUCAAGAUGCUGGACUUUAGGUUUGCUUUGGUCUGCUGUCAAAAUCAACUGAAGUCAUCAAUGUUUUAAA